AUGGCGAUUUACGAUUACCUUUUCAAAUAUAUUUUAAUUGGAAACACAUGGGUUGGAAAAUCUUACUUAAUGUCACAAUUUCUAAGGAAAAAGUUUGAACCAGUUCAUGAAGUUACUGUGGGCGCUGAAUUUGGUGUUCGUACCCUUACACUUCAUGACAAAAUCAUUAAGCUUCAUAUUUGGGAUACAGCUGGACAAGAGGCAUUCAAAUCAAUUACAAGAUCUUAUUACAGAGGAGCAAUCGGUGCACUUUUGGUUUAUGAUGUUACUAGGAGAGAGACAUUCUCUAACUUGAAGAGUUGGUUGGAUGAUGUUAGAGAGCUUGCACAUCCCGACAUAUCAAUUAUGGUGGUAGGAAAUAAGGUUGAUAAAAAUGGUCGAAGAGAAGUGACCAAAGAAGAAGGACAACAUUUUGCGGAACAAAAUGGACUCUUGUUUUUAGAGACAUCCGCUAAAACAAGUCAAAAUGUCUAUGAGGCUUUCUCAAUAAUUGCAAAUAACAUACUUGACAAGAUUGAGCUUGGUGUCCUUGAUUUAUCCAAUAAGCCAUCUGGAAUCAAGGUCGGGCUACGGCCUAGCGUUGAAAGUUCAUCCAUGGCAACGGAAUCAGUAGGAUUUACAUUUAACGGUAAAUGUUGCACAAUACAAUGA